AUGACUCAGAGAGUGUCGCCUCAGAAUCUUGAAUCCUUCAAGACCUUCUCAUCUGUUGAACAACAGUUCCUUGUGAACCUGCUUUUCUCCGAGCAUCUUCUCGAAGCGAAUAACUCCGCGAUGAGCUCCUUGCCUGAGAUCAUUCCGGUCCGACUGUCCCGAAUUCACGAACGUUCGGGUUCGGAACGCUCAAAAGCAAUUGUUGGGCAAAGCGAAUACCUUCCUCCUCCCCUUCCUCAGCCUCCUGCGAUCUCUGUCGUAAUCAGUGCAACCAGAUCGCACCGUUCAGAAGUUGCGGUACUACCUCCCGCGGGGUAUAAUGGACGCAUUCAAUCAAGGGCUCCCAAUGAGCCUCAUUCAUCACAUCUUCUCAAUAGGCAAAAUCCCUAUAGUUCAUGCGCGCCUGGAUGCGGUUUCACCAAUGAGGAUGAAUCCUUCAUGUUCGACCGGCAGUGCGAUAAUGCCGGGCUGAAUUCAAUCACCUCUCAACGUCAGUCAAGUCCGCCUGUCGAUUCAGAAUUCAUUUCUCGAAAGUGGUGCGGGUUCGCAUCCGAUGUUUCUGCUGGGAGAAUCAUUCGACCGGCCGUUGCUGCUGCAACUAGCACCUCAACCGGCUCACCAGACAACGAUUUUCCUAAUCAACCUUCGCACUCCAUUUCGAGACAGGUCUGGUCACCCAAACAACCUUCUGUCAUAGAUGGCUUUGAUAAAUCAUCGGAUUCCGCUCAUUCUCAAUCCCAACGAAAUCCUUAUCCAUCACGAUUAAUGUCAUCCCAUAUAGUUGGUACACAGCGGCAACCCAGGCAAUUACAACGUCCAUCUAAUGCGUCACCGUUAGCUCAGCAACGUUGCGAUAAUGGCCACGAUGGCGACUAUCAUGGCCACCAUCUCUAUGGUCCUAGAGAAGCGCAAAGCAAUCGGCUCCCAUCGGAUGGCCCCACAUCAACCCAUCAAUUGAGGACGUUCGAUACUGAACUUCACUCGACCAAUGGGAGGCCAAAAGGUACCGCCCAAUUUGAUGGUCGGGACGGAUCUCUGCAGAGAACAGCAGCUUCUGUGGUGGCUGGCAGAAACUGGGUUCAAGAUCAAAAGCAUGCUUCUCAACCCAGUCAUCGCACCUCAUGUCACUCUCAGACUAAAACUGGUGAUCAAUCUUCCUGGCCAUGUGCUGCUGCGGGACCUUCGUCAGUGGCCCUGUCUCUGCUAUCGGCGGCCGUGAUUACGGAUAUCAGUGCGCCUGAGUCACUGGAAGAGUACACUGGUGUUGAAUCUCACGCUUCUUCUAUCGCGAGGCUCAAAAACACUGGCCCUGGAUUGACGUGUCUAUCAGCUAGAGCGAAUUCCCGGAACAGGGCCAAGCCACGUUCAAACGUGGGUACUCAGCAGAGAUCAAGUGCUAUCGAUAGCUAUACUAUACCUAAGAACGAAAAAUCGCUCCCUGACCGCCCCGGUUCCCAUCAUGCUUCCAGCCACGAAAUUUCUGGAGCGUUUUUGAGUACUGAGAAGGCUCAUGCUUUAGCCAGCAGGGUUCUUUCCGCACCUCACGGCUCCGCGGCAAAAGGUUUACAACGGCGAGAGAAACCUCUCUCCCGUUCUAAUGUUCUAGCGCGUCAGAUUCCGGCGAAGCACAAGCGUUCCAAAUCACCUGGGCCGCCUCCUCCUAAAGACGUUUCGUCAAGUAGACCUCCUGAAACAUCGUUCCCUGACCCUUUGAAACGCUCUGGAUCUUUGCACAGGGGUGGUUACUCGCGACCUCCCCCUUUCCCCCGAAAACCCAAGCCAAGAUCUCAUUAUAAGGUAGCGAUGCCGAGGCCCCCUGUCCUCAUACGCGAUAAAACAAAAACAAGGGGGGAAAUGACACACUGGCAGCCGGCUUCGCGUAAGCGGCCAGCAAGAUUGCCCGCUUCCGCGUCCAGCGACAGUUCCUAUUUGGAAGAGCCAGCCCUAGAGCGCGGAGAUGGUUUGGUGUAUGAAAUAUCACCGUUUGCUUUCGAUUCAUCAUCGUCUUCUGUCGACAAUUCAGAUGCAUCAAGCGAUCGACCACGAGAAGAUCCUCGCCUCGGCAAUUUGCCUCCCCCACUUGAGCGAUCGUCGUUCUCAUCCGUGGAUACUGGCGGCCCCCCCACGCCUCCGCGCCAAUCAUCACUAGGCACCGGAACGUUUUCUGCAGCUAACUCGGAUCUGCGGGCGAAGAAAACUACUCACUUCACGAAUGAUGUGCCUGAGAUUAGUUCUCGUCUCCACUAUUUCAAAAUUGAUGACGAUGAAGAAAUUGGCCUGUCAUCUGGCAUGACAGCUCCCGAGUUACAACAACAGAUUUGCAACGAACAUUCUAAUAAGCGGUGUGAUGGAGGCGCGCUAGAAGCGAUGGCUGUGGCUCAAACCAGUCGCCCGGUACCGACUCGGUACCUUCGCUCGGCCGAGAGCUCUAUAAAGGCAAUGGAUCGGGGUUUUGUAGCCACGUUGGUCGCACCAUCAUUGAAAUGUUCGCAUGGAUUCGCGACUCCAGAUGACCAUGUGGAGUCCCCGAAAGCUUCAUCUGCCAAACACCCGGUUCCUCCCGUAUAUGAUUUACAAGUCGGCGUUUCAAAGCCAAUGUUAUCACUGACUGCGGCGGAUAUUCCUUCAGCGGCCACUAGUGUUGACGGACGUCCGGCGCAUCAGCGUACCACGAGGUCUGUCCAUGUGGUUCCCACUAGCUCCGAUUCUCGCUCUGGCCGCGUGCAAACCAUGUGGGACUCUGUUGAGGCACCAAAACCCCUUAGUCGAAUUGAAGAUGAUAUGAAUAAUCCCACGAUAAGGUCUUUUCGCAAUGCCCGUUCGAGCUCACUCGUACGUAACGCUGAGGGAGUAUUGCGGCAUAGUCACCCCAGAUCUACUCCUAGCAACCACUCAUCCAAUUCAACUGCUCGCGAUAAGGUUUGCCUUGUCGGUAAUGACAAAGGGACCGAUGAUGCUCUUCCUGUUUGGGAAAGAGUGAAUUGUCGUCUUGCAGAGUCGACGAAACGACGACUCGGGGAAUUAUGGGGCACCCGGGGCACUGCUAAAAUGGCGCAAAAUGCGGUUCAGGUAUUGAUCUCAAGUCCAAUUCAUCCUGAUGUCCGACUAGCUGUGGAGAUUCUUCGCUCGCCUUGA